AUGUCCCAAAAACAGCAAGUCGCCCUAAUAAUAGGUGCAUCACGCGGGAUCGGGCGCCAGAUCGCCAUCGACCUAGCAAAGAACGGUUACGCCGUAAUGCUAUCCGCAAAAACAACAUCCGACGCAUCAACAGUGACUCCAUUCCCGCCAGACCCGAACUCACCACAGUCCACCAUCAACACAGUAGAGCGCGAGAUCCGCGAAGCGGGCGGGCACGCGGCAACGGUAGCCGUUGACGUGCGCGAUGCCGCGCAGAUCCAGCAUGCUGUCGAGGAGACGGUGCGCGUCUUCGGGAAGCUUGAUGUGCUCGUGUACAACUCCGGCGCGAUCUGGUGGUCGUCUGUGGAGAAUAUACCCCUCAAGCGGUUUAAGCUUAUGCAGCAGGUGAACCCCGAGGGACUGUAUGCGACUGUUCAGGCUGCUUUGCCGUUCUUUGAGAAGGGGGGCUGGAAAGGGCGCAUCAUUGUUGUUUCGCCGCCUAUUUAUUCGAGGUUCUUUAGGGGGAAGACUGCUUAUGCGAUGGGCAAAGUUGGAAUGAGUGUCCUGGUCAAAGGUCUGGCCAUGGACUUUGUCCGUCAAGGCCGAAAUGAAAUGGCGGUGACGAGUAUCUGGCCUGCGUCUUCGAUUGAAUCAGCAGCCACGGAGCAUAAUAAGGGAUCCGACACAUCCUACAAAAAGGAUUUGAGAAAGCCGACAAUAUUCUCAGAGGCUGUCCUGGCUAUGCUUCGUGCCCCGCACCAAGUAGUGAACGGACUUCUGGAUACAGAUGAGGACUUCCUCCGGGAGAAGUGUGGAGUGUCGGACUUUUCCAAAUACUCUGUAAACCCAGGAUCGACACCACGGCGGAUUAUGCCGGCCAAGUUCCCAGUUUUGGAGGUUGCAGAGCAGGAUGAUGAAGGGCAGCGCAUGGAUAGUGCAAAGGUGCGGGCAAAGAUAUAG